AUGGCUUCUUUUCCUGCUGAACAAACCACCCCUACGCAUGGAUCUGUUACCCCUCACUCUUCUGCUUCUGCUUCUUCAAGCACAUCCUUGACAGAUCCCUAUGCUAACCCUCUUUACCUCCAUGCUGCUGAUUCCUCGAGUCUUAUUUUGGUCUCUGAGAAGCUGGUUGGUGAAUCCAACUACAGCGUCUGGUCACGCUCUGUUGAGAAGGCCCUCCUGUCGAAGAACAAACUGGGUUUUGUUCUAGGCACUGUUACCAAGCCUUCCGAUGACCACCCAGACUUUGGAUCGUGGGCCCGUUGCAACGCGCUCAUUUCAACCUGGAUUACGAAUGCUGUUUCUACUGAGAUUGCAAGCCUGAUCGUAUAUUUGGAUGACGCUGCUGCUGUGUGGAAGAAUCUGGAAACCCGUUUCAAACAGAAAAAUGCCACAAAGAUCUACAACAUUCAGCACAGACUUGACUCGCUACACCAAGGUUCCAUGGAUCUGAACACUUACUUUACGAAGAUGACAUCUCUGUGGGAAGAACUCAAAAACCAUGAGCCCUUUUCGGUGUGCACCUGUGGCAAAUGUACCUGCUCUGUGGAAAAUCGUUGGAUGGAUCUGAUAGAACGACACAAUGUAGUCAACUUCCUGAUGCGUCUCAAUGAAUCUUACACUCCUGCUCGGCGUCAAAUCCUUAUGUUAGAUCCACUGCCGGAUCUUUCUCGUGCCUUCAAUCUGGUUUCUCAGGAGGAGCAACAACGGCUAACCCUACCUGGAAACACAAAUGCUGCUGUUUUCCAAACUGGGCCUUAUUUUGCUACUUCAAAAUCUCGGCCCAUAUUGCCGACUCCUUCGUCGUUUCAACCUGGGCCUUAUUCACCACGCCCACGUAUCAGCUGCUCUCAUUGUGGUAUGUCUGGCCACCUGGUUUCCAAGUGCUUCAAACUGCACGGUUAUCCAUCCAACUACAAGGGUCCACAGGCACACCACUCGGCCAACUGGAGCCCUCGCCCACCUUACUCGGCAAAGCAACGACAGUAUGGCUCUGAUAGAAAGACAUCUCAAGUGCAUCAGGUUUCUACUCCAGCCGAAUCGACUGACAAAACGGCUUUAGAACAAGCACAGAACCUGUUGGCCCAGUUCACGACACAGUUCCAAGGCCUGCGCAGUUCUCUUGCGGAUCCUGAACUUACAGCUUCACCCAAUGAAUCCCACUCUUUAUCUCCAGUAUCAGUUGUCUCACCAAAGACACUUUCUAUACUGUUACCUUCUCUCACAGCUCUUACAUAA